UGGGACACAGCACGUUUGUUUACAGGAGUUUAACGACAACAUGUGUGAUCUUCUGUGACAUUUUGCUGAAUUAAAAUCAGUAAAUUUAAAGCGGAGUGUACAGCAGCUUCAAAUUAUGGUCUGAAUAACUGAGCUGUCUGUUUUUAUGGAUAGUGGGAGAGGAGGAAGAGGAGGGAGAGGAGGGAGAGGGAAGAGAGGAGGUCGUGGUGGAGAGGACAGAGAUGUCCGCCUAUCUAAAUCCAUGUCUUAUGCUCUUCGCCAUGGAGCCAACCAGAUGGGUCUUCAGAUGGGUUCAGAUGGCUUCCUGUUUGUGGAGGAACUUCUGGCUCACCGGCAGUUCCGCUCAUACUCAUUGGAAGACGUUGAAAGAGUCGUGGCAACAAAUGACAAGCAGCGCUUUAAGCUUCGCCCGCACCCAGAGAACGGCCGCCUGCAGAUUAGAGCCAGUCAAGGCCAUUCAGUCCAGGUUAUGGAUUUGGAGCUGAAACCGGUCCUGGCUGGUUCUCCAGACUGCCCUGCUGAGGCUGUUCACGGCUCCUACCUCCGCAACUGGAGCUCCAUCCGGCAGCAGGGCCUGAGCCGCAUGAGGAGAACACACAUCCACCUGGCACCAGGCCUGCCAGGGGAGGAGGGCGUCAUCAGCGGCAUGAGGAGAGACUGUGAUCUCGCUGUGUAUGUUGAUGUCCCCAAAGCUCUCGCUGACGGAAUCGAGUUCUUCUGGUCAGAUAACGGUGUGUUGCUGACUGCAGGCGACGUGGAGGGAAAACUUCUCCCUAAAUACUUCAGCCGAGCUUUAAAACUGAGACCUACAAGUAAGAAAAACUCUCACAUGGACAGUGGCGCCUACAGAAAUUUUCCUUAGGAGUGGCCAGAUGGGACCACUGAAAAUGUUCAGGAAGCACACCGAAACCAAAAGCCAUAACUGAAUUUCAGGAAUUCGCUUAUGCCGUUUAAGUACAAGGUACGACGUAGAUUUGUAAGUAAUUUUUUAAACCAUAGUUUAAAGAAUUAAAUUAAAAUUUGUCCUUCAUCCUGCUUUAUCUUUUUGAGUGGGAGGUGGCAGUAAUUGUAUUAGCGACUCUUUUUAAACUGGGAUUGAGAGCCUGCAUGAUGAACUUGUUCACUGAAGUCACUUUUCUUCUGUGUUUCAGGGAGCAUCCUGCCGCUGCAGUAACAGCAGAGGAUACCAUUCUGUCAUUGGACGCAGCAGGCUUCACCUGACUAUGCGAGCAUCCCAUGGUUGGUUGAGACUUAGCCCUGUUCCCAUGGUAACACUUGUUGUUUGGCAGGAGCAUCCUGGUGAGGCAAUUUUGCUCAGCAAUAAGAGAAUUUAUUCAGAAAUCAUCAUAAAAGAGACUAAGUUGGUAAACUUUUCAUCUUUGUGUCCCUCCUGAAAGGAUCAGGAUGGCUUGAGAGAAGCAUACUUUAUUUUUAUAUGACAGUUUGAUCACUUUAUGCUGGCAAAUGUCACUUUUUAUUUAUAAGUAUAGCGGUUUUGUUUUCUCUGUUGCAUUGUAAGUGAAAAAUAAACUAUGGCAAACAGGCCACCAAAAUAAUUUCAUAUUACAGACACACUGACUGCUGGCAACAACCAGCUGUUUUUUUUUAAUAGAGGAACUUUUGGAGACAUGCUGUAUAUGUGGUUAGUCACAUGACUGAGUAUGGGAAAGCAGAGGAUGCAGACGCUGUGGUUUGAGUUAACGGACUGUAACAGUUUCUUGUAAGAUAUGGACACACAGCAUGUGAGGGGAGAUAAAUGGUUCGGGGCUUCCUGUGUAAGAAACAACAGAAAUACCACCAUAUGUCACGACCAUAAGAACUGAAGACAACAGAGAAUUAAAAGUGAAUUGCUUAUAUUUAUUUUAAUAAAUGAUUGUCUUAAGUUUGGGAAAACAUCAUAUUGGCAUGUGUUUCUUUGAUUCUUGGCUGAGAUAAUGAUACUGGCCGUAAAACUGCAGCUCUGGACAAAGGAGGAUACAGGAGGCAAAACAGAAAUUUGCUGCCGGCUGAUGCAACUGUUGAUUUUACAUUUCCACAAGUUUGAGUGUCAAGCCUGCUGAUCCUGGACCAGAUGUCCAGCAGUUUGGCCCAGCAGCAGUCCGCCUCCUGAAGUAAAGGGGAAGUCAGUGUGAGGACCACCGAGGAUCUUGAACUGUCUGAACAUGUAGUCCAUCAACUGAUGUAGAUUAUGACAGUGUAUGUGCGUAUGUGAGUGUAAAUAAGGCUACAUAAAACUCUAGAUGGACUGACAAGAGCGGUUUAACACAUGAAUCCUAUUUUGACUAUUUGUU